AAGGUACAUCUUUUUUGGGGACAGAUAUCAGAUGGGAGUCAUUUUCUAGUGGACAGAUAAUGUCACCGACAGAAAGCUACAUUCAAUAAAAAGAGGAUUCAUGAACAAUUAACAACUGAAAUUAGUCCAAAUGUACGACCAAAACAGUUGAUUUUUCCUUAAUCAGACAAAGGUUAACACAAAUGUUCUUUUUGGUGAUUUGGGUUCUGAGGUAGGGUUGAUUGAAAUGUUUCAUGGGAUGCCUACUGUAAUGGCGGACCGCCCCGGGCUCUACGCUAUUAUACGUGAUGUGAGCGGUUCAAAUUUGUUGAAUCUUUCUCAAUCAUCUUAGGUGGAACUUUUUUACUAGGACAAGUAAAUAUCAAAGAACUUAAGAAUAUUCAACAUAUAACAUAAUACAUAAAUCUAUUUACUCGAUACGAUAUUUCCGCGAAUGAAAUCUUAAUUAGUUCUUCUUGAACAAAGGUGGCUCCACCACUAGGGGUGUCCCUAUGAGCACUAAAGUCUUGAGUAUGCUACAAAUUACAUAAGGAGGAAAUGAGGUAGGUGUCCUUUGUAUUUGGCUGCUACUAUAGAUGAUCUUUUUGACAGCUAGAGAUUUGAGAUUUUGGACCCAUCAAUUUAAUUAUGUUUUCUAGCUUUGUCAUGAUGUAGAAAAUAGUUGUUAUGUUUUAUUAGUUAUUUAAGGUGUUUAUUUAUUUUCAACAACUUUAAUUUGGUGUAAUAAAUGACCAAACAUUAAGGGGCGCCUCCAACCAAACAGUCCUAUCCUGACUUUCUCAAAAGUUCUGCAUGUGAAAAUGAAAAUGGGAAAAUUCUCUUCUACUGUUUGGUUUUGUCAAAAGAGAGAAGAAAAUGGAGGGAGUAAAGAUUAUUAUAAAGAAUAAAUCAAGAGUGUGGUUAGAUUAACGUCAUUCUUCUAUUCAUUAGAGAUCUCAGGUUUAAAUCCCGAGAAUGGAGAAAGUAAUACAUUUACACUAUGCUAUUUUAUAAAAACAAAUGUACGAAAGGAUUGAGCUUAAUUAGAAAUCUCAGACUCGAACGUUCUUUCUUGUUCUUACAUAUCUACACCACAAAAAAGUUUCUUUCCAUCUCUUUCUCUUGAUGAAACAACAAAAGUGAAUCAUUUUGCUGCUUUGUUUCCUCUUUUCACUUUUCCUUUUUUCCUAAAGGAAGGUCCAAAUAGUAUCAUUGCCAGAGUAAGAAUUAAAGGAGCUUACUAGUGGCCAUAAACAAAAAUAAUUUGAGCGGAAUUUUUAGACUAUGAAUUUAGUGAUUCUUAUGCUAUAUGAUUAAGUACAUUUAACCUUCAAUUAAAUGAAAUGUUUACUCCUCAUCCAUUUACCUAGAAAAAAGAGUUAUACUUAGACUAUUGUGAGAACAAAUAUUACCUUCGAAUAUGAAGUAACUAGCCGUAAGAAAAUUUACAAUCAACUGUUCAUGUUUCAAUUAAUUGAAGGUUAGAUGUGCUUUGAAAAAAUAUUAUACUGGCCAAAAUCAAAAUUUGGUGAUAAUUUUGGUUUGGCUCCAAAUUGCAUUCAACAAAGCCUUUUGAUGUAGACUUUCCACUUGAUUGCCAAAAAGUGAAUUCCAAAGGAAUGUCACAUCCUAGGAAAUUUCUACUUAGGUCCAUUUUUACAAUGUUUCCAGACAAAAUGUGCAUUAAAUAUAUCUUGUUAGCAUAUGCUUGAAGUUAUAUGGUGACAUUUCAAGAACUUGUAGAUAUAGGAAAUAACAAAAUAGACCGGCCAAGAAAGUUAACAAUGAUUAGAUGGAGAAAUUAUACCAAUAAGAUACCAAUACAAAUAAAACAAAACAAAAUGGUCUAAUCAAACUUAAGAAUAAAUCUCAAAAGCUUAACAAUGCACCAUGGCAUUAGUAUAUAUAAUGUGCAUACCAGAACAGAUGAAGAAAAUAACACAAGAAAUUGAGUUUUGAAGCAAAAAAAGUAGAUCCAAAAAAUGGGAUUCUUAUUGCUCUUAUUAUUCCUCUUAGCUAAUUCAGCUUCGGGAAAAAGAACCACUUACAUAAUCCAUAUGGACAAGUCAUUCAUGCCUAAGGCUUUUACUAGUCAUGAGCAAUGGCACUCUUCAAUUCUUGAAACUGUCAACUUGAAAGAUACAGCAAGCAAAAGUUCUACAAAGCCGACUAGGCUUCUUUAUUCGUAUGACAAUGCAUUUCAUGGAUUGAGUGCUGUUAUGUCUGAGGAUGAAUUGCAAGUUCUUGAAAAGUUGCCUGGUUUUGUCUCGGCUUAUGCUGAUAAAAUGGUCACUCUUGACACAACUCACACAUUUGAGUUUCUCGGUCUGAAUCCUGAGUCAGGGCUAUGGCCAGCUUCUCACUAUGGCGAAGACGUGAUUGUUGGUGUCAUUGAUACUGGAGUGUGGCCAGAGAGUCGGAGUUAUAAGGAUGAUGGGAUGACUGAAAUUCCGUCAAGGUGGAAGGGUAUAUGUGAGCCUGGACAAGACUUUAAUGCUUCAAUGUGUAACAAUAAGUUAAUUGGUGUUCGAUACUUCAACAGAGGAGUUAAAGCUGCAAAUCCUAAUAUUACAAUUAGUAUGAAGUCAGGCAGGGAUACACAAGGUCAUGGCACGCAUACUUCAUCAACUGUUGGUGGAAACUAUGUCGAGGGUGCUUCAUUCUUUGGCUAUGCAACUGGCACGGCAAGAGGGGUCGCUCCACGUGCUAGGCUUGCCAUGUAUAAGGUCAUUUUUGAUGAAGGAAGAUUCGCUUCUGAUGUGCUUGCUGGUAUGGAUCAAGCUGUUGCUGAUGGUGUCGAUGUGAUAUCCAUCUCUAUGGGAUUUGAUAAUGUUCCACUGUAUGAAGACCCUAUUGCCAUAGCUUCAUUUGGUGCCAUGGAGAAAGGCGUUCUUGUUUCUGCUUCAGCAGGAAAUGCAGGUGUCACUCCUGGAAUACUCCACAAUGGAAUCCCCUGGCUCUUGACUACUGCUGCUGGCUCUAUUGAUCGCGUCCACUCAGGAAAAUUGACUCUUGGAAAUGGACAAGUGAUCACUGGAUGGUCAAUGUACCCUGUUAGCGCCCUUGUCAACGAUUUCCCACUUAUCUACAACGAGUCAAUAUCGAGUUGCAAUUCGACUUCCUUAUCCAGCUUCAAUUUUGGAAUCAUCAUAUGUGAAAAUGGAAAUUUCCUUGAUCAAAUAAAUGCCAUUGCUGAAUCCUCUGCCCCUGCUGCUAUAUACAUCUCUGACGAUCCAAGAAUUUUCCAGAGAGAAGAAUUUGCAUAUCCUGGUGUUGUUAUCAGUCCUGAAGAUGGUGCAGCUGUGAUCAGUUAUGCUAAAUCUGGUGCCAAUCCUGUUGCCAGCAUUAGCUUCCAACAGACAUUUGUGAGAUCAACACCAGCACCCGUUGUUGCAACUUACACAUCACGAGGUCCUUCACCGAGCUAUCCAGGAAUCUUGAAGCCAGACAUAAUGGCACCAGGGUCAUUAGUCUUAGCAUCCUGGAUUCCUAAUAGUUAUACAGUUUCGAUAUAUCCAGAUAUCGGAUUGAGCAGUGAAUUCGCGAUGGUUUCAGGAACAUCCAUGGCUUGUCCACAUUCUUCUGGCAUUGCUGCACUUCUUAAAGGCGCACAUCCUGAAUGGAGUCCAGCAGCAAUCCGAUCUGCAAUGAUCACUGGUGCCAUCAACAUUGACAACACAAAUUCCCCCAUCAAAGAUUCAGGCCUAAACUACAGUAUCGCGACUCCUCUGGCUAUGGGAGCAGGGUUAGUUAAUCCAAACUUCGCCCUGAAUCCAGGUCUUAUCUAUGAUGCCACACCACGAGACUACAUAAACCUUUUAUGUGCCAUGAAAUUCACUCGCAAGCAAAUCUUGACAAUCACAAGAUCAUCAACCUACACUUGCCAAAAUGCAUCUUCUGAUCUUAACUACCCAUCCUUCAUCGCACUAUACACAAAUGAAACUACAGCAACAUUGAGUCAAAAGUUCGUUAGGACAGUGACAAACGUUGGUGAUGGCCCUGCUAACUAUUCUAUUAAUAUGGUCGUCCCAUCGAACACAAACAUAAGUGUUUAUCCUUCAAGAUUGUCCUUCAACAGCAAGUAUGAGAAGCUAAGUUAUACAUUGACGAUUGAAUAUAGUGGUAACAGAACUGGAGAAGUUGUAUUCGGAUCACUUACUUGGGUGGAUGUAAUUGGUCUCCAUGCUGUAACAAGUCCAAUUGUGGUUCCUUUCAAAACAAAAAUGGAAUUCUUAUUGUUCUUAUUGUUCCUCUUAGCUAAUUCAGCCUCAGGAAAAAGAACCACUUACAUAAUCCAUAUGGACAAGUCAUUCAUGCCGAAAGCUUUUACUAGUCAUGAGCAAUGGCACUCUUCAAUUCUUGAAACUGUCAAGUUGAAAGAUACAACAAGUGGAAGUUCUAUCAAUCCGGCAAGGCUACUUUAUUCGUAUGAUAAUGCAUUUCAUGGAUUUAGUGCUGUUAUGUCUGAGGAUGAAUUGCAAGUUCUUGAAAAGUUGCCUGGUUUUGUCUCGGCUUAUGCUGAUAAAAUGGUCACUCUUGACACUACUCACACGUUUGAGUUUCUCGGUCUGAAUCCUGAGUCAGGGCUAUGGCCAGCUUCUCAUUAUGGUGAAGACGUGAUUGUUGGUGUCAUUGAUACUGGAGUGUGGCCAGAGAGUCGGAGUUAUAAGGAUGAUGGGAUGACUGAAAUUCCGUCAAGGUGGAAGGGUAAAUGUGAGCCUGGACAAGAUUUUAAUGCUUCAAUGUGUAACAAUAAAUUAAUUGGUGUUCGAUACUUGAACAAAGGAGUUAAAGCUGCAAAUCCUAAUAUUGCAAUUAGAAUGAAUUCAGGCAGGGAUACACAUGGUCAUGGCACGCAUACUUCAUCAACUGUUGGUGGAAACUAUGUCGAGGGGGCUUCAUUUUUUGGCUAUGCAACUGGCACAGCAAGAGGGGUCGCUCCACUUGCUAGGCUUGCUAUGUAUAAGGUCAUUUUUGAUGAAGGAAGCUUCGCUUCUGAUGUGCUUGCUGGUAUGGAUCAAGCUGUUGCUGAUGGUGUCGAUGUUAUAUCCAUCUCUAUGGGUUUUAAUAAUGUUCCAUUGUAUGAAGACCCUAUUGCCAUAGCUUCAUUUGGUGCCAUGGAGAAAGGUGUUCUUGUUUCCGCUUCAGCAGGAAAUGCAGGUGUGACUCCUGGAAGACUACAUAAUGGAAUCCCCUGGCUCUUGACUACUGCUGCUGGCUCUAUUGAUCGUGUCCUCUCUGGAAAAUUGACUCUUGGAAAUGGACAAGUGAUCACUGGUUGGUCAAUGUACCCUGCUAGUGCUGUUGUCAACAAGUUCCCACUUAUCUACAACGAGUCAAUAUCUAGUUGCAAUUCAACAUCCCUAUCCAGCUUCAAUUAUGGAAUCAUCAUAUGCGAAAAUGGAUAUUUCUCCGAUCAAAUAAAUAUCAUUGCUAAAUCCUCUGCCCCUGCUGCUAUAUACAUCUCUGACAAUCCGAGCAUUUUCGAGAGUGGAGAAUUUGAAUAUCCUGGUGUUGUUAUCAGCCCUGAAAAUGGUGCAGCUGUGAUUAGUUAUGCUAAAUCUAGUGCCAAUCCUGUUGCCAGCAUUAGCUUUCAACAGACAUUUGUGAGAUCAACACCAGCACCCGUCGUUGCAUCUUAUACCUCACGGGGUCCUUCACCGAGCUAUCAAGGAAUCUUGAAGCCAGACAUAAUGGCACCAGGGUCAUUAGUCUUAGCAUCCUGGAUUCCCAAAGGUUAUACAACUUCUAUAUAUCCGGAUAUUAAAUUGAGCAGUGAAUUCGCGAUGAUUUCAGGAACAUCCAUGGCUUGUCCACAUUCCUCUGGCAUUGCUGCACUUCUUAAAGGCGCACAUCCUGAAUGGAGUCCAGCAGCAAUCCGAUCUGCAAUGAUCACUGGUGCCAUCAACAUUGACAACACAAAUUCCCCCAUCAAAGAUUCAGGCCUAAACUACAGUAUCGCGACUCCUCUGGCUAUGGGAGCAGGGUUAGUUAAUCCAAACUUCGCCCUGAAUCCAGGCCUUAUCUAUGAUGCCACACCACAAGACUAUAUAAACCUUCUAUGCACCAUGAAAUUCACUCACAAGCAAAUCUUGACAAUCACAAGAUCAUCAACCUAUACUUGUCAAAAUGCAUCUUCUGAUCUUAACUACCCAUCAUUCAUCGCCCUAUACACUAAUGAAACUACAGCAACACUGAGUCAAAAGUUUGUUAGAAUAGUGACAAACGUUGGCAAUGGUCCUGCUAACUAUUCUAUUAAUAUGGUUGUGCCAUCGAACACAAACAUAAGUGUUUAUCCUUCAAGAUUGUCCUUCAGCAGCAAGUAUGAGAAGCUAAGUUACACAUUGACAGUUGAAUAUAGUGGUAACAAAACUGGAGAAGUUGUAUUCGGAUCGAUAACUUGGGUGGAUGUGGUUGGUCUCCAUGCUGUAACAAGUCCAAUUGUGGUUGCACCAAUGAUCCAUACUUGGUAAU